CACUGGACUAAAGGAGAGACACUUGAUGUGAGGGCGAUGAUGGACACUUGGACACUGCAGAAAGGUUAUCCCCUGGUAACUGUCACCGUGAGAGGGAAGAAUGUCCACCUGCAGCAGGAGCGCUACGUGAAGGGAGAAGAUUCUCCUUCAUCCACAGGGUAUGUGUGGCACAUUCCACUGACCUACAUUACCAGUAAAUCUGACACCGUUCAGAGAUUUUUGAUAACAACUAAAACAGAUGUCAUUAUCCUUCCGGAAGAGGUGGAGUGGGUUAAAUUCAAUGUGGACAUGAAUGGGUACUAUAUUGUGCACUACGAAGGUGAUGGAUGGGAUCGUCUGAUUGAUGUUUUGAAAGAGAACCAUACAGUGAUGAGCAGCAAUGACAGAGCAAGUCUCAUUAACAACGUAUUCCAGCUUGUGAGAAUAAAAAAAUUGUCAAUUUCCAAAGCUUUUGAUUUAACAUUAUACCUGAAACGCGAAAGUCAAAUCAUGCCUGUUCUCCAAGGCUUGAGUGAGCUGAUUCCUAUAUACCGGCUCAUAGAGAGGAGGGAUAUGGAUGGUACAGGACAACAGUUAAAGGAGUAGAUAGUCAAUCUAUUUAAAGACCUGAUUGACAGGCAGUCUUGGAGUGACGAAGGCUCCGUGUCUGAGAGGCUGCUUAGAGACUCGCUCUUGCACUUUGCGUGUGUGCACGGGUACCAGCCGUGCGUGGACAAAGCCAAAGGGUAUUUUACAGAAUGGCAGAAAUCCGAUGGAACCUUGAGCUUGCCAGCAGAUGUGAAGUCAGCAGUGUACACUGUUGGAGCACAAACAUCCGAAGGCUGGGACUUCCUCCUCAGUAAAUACAGACUGCACUCCUUCAGUGUAGAGAGACAUGACAUUGAAUUGGCUCUCAGCCGCAGCAGAAGUAAGGACAAACUUCAGUGGUUAAUGGAUCAAGGUCUGCGUGGUGACAUCGUAAGAACUCAGGAUCUUCCCUCUAUUAUUGUAUUUGUUGCUAAAAACCCAUCCGGCUAUCAUCUAGCUUGGACAUUUUUAAAAGAAAAUUGGGAGAAAGUUGUAGAAAAAUUUGAACUCGGUUCGAAUUCUGUAGCAGGCAUUGUCACUGGAGUGACGAGUCGGUACUCGACAAGUUCACAGCUUGCACAGGUGAAAGAAUUCUUCAGUUCUCUGGACGAAAAAAGCGCACAGCUUCGCUGCGUCCAGCAAGCUAUUGAAACCAUUGAAGACAAUAUACAAUGGAUGAAUAGAAAUUUUGAGAAAAUCAAAACAUGGCUGCAAAAGAACCACCUCUAA